GCAGGAGCUACAACCAACAAGAAGGAACAUGGUUCUGAGAGCAUUUACUGUCUGAGCACCCGGGCUCCACCAGGCACCUACCUUUCGGGUAAUCAUGGGAGGACGGAAGAUGCCAAGAGAUGAAGAAAAUGCCUAUGAAGCGAAUGGAAGGGCUUCAGAGGAGCAGAUACGGAACCAUGGCUGAAGGCGGGAUAGAACAUCAGGGCUUUGAACCCUCCUCCUCCUUGAGGAUCAUCCUGGUAGGGAAAACAGGCAGUGGGAGAAGUGCCACCGGGAACAGCAUCCUCUGCCAGCCCGUGUUUGAGUCCAAGCUGGGGGCCCAGUCGGUGACCAGGAAGUGUCAGAGGGCAACAGGCACGUGGAAUGGGAGGAGCAUCCUGGUGGUGGACACGCCCCCCAUCUUUGAGGCUGAGGCCCAGGGUCAAGAGGUGUACCAGAACAUUGGAUCCUGCUAUCUGCUGUCAGUGCCAGGGCCCCACGUGCUGCUGCUGGUGACCCAGCUGGGGCGCUUCACCAAGCAGGACGCGGUGGCUGUGACCAGGGUGAAGGAGGUCUUUGGGGCGGGAGCCGAGAGAUACAUGGUCGUCCUCUUCACCCACAAGGAGGACUUGGCGGGUGCAUCCUUGGAUGAGUACGUGGCAAACACAGACAACCUCAGGCUGAGGAGCCUGGUCCGGGAGUGUGGGCGGAGGUACUGCGCCUUCAACAACCGGGCCUCCGGGGACGAGCAGAGAGAGCAGCUGGCCCAGCUAAUGGCCGUGAUCGAGGGGCUGGAGCGGGAGCAUCAGGGUGCCUUCCUCACCAACGAGCUCUUCUUUGAUGCACAGAUGCUCCAGCAGAUGGGGGGUGGCGCCCAUGGAGAAGGUUACAGGCACUACCUGGACAAGGUACGGCUGCAGGUUGCAAAGCAAAAGGAAGGCCUGAAAGAGGCUGAGAGAAACUGUGCCUUCAAGGCGCUCCUCCGACUCAAAGCCUGGAUUACUUCUCAUGCCAAAAUAUUUGUUCUUCUUGUCCUAUGCCUUUUUAUUUUUCUUGCCAUUGUAAUUAUUUUGUCUAGUACCCAUCAAGGUUGAGCAUUUUCAGAUGAUAUCUGCCGUCAGCUUCCAUUUUUUUCAGAGUCAGUACAUCACCAACUCAAUGGACAUGAGUUUGAGUAAACUCCGGGAGUUGGUGAUGGACAGGGAGGCCUGGCAUGCUGUGGUUCAUGGGAUCGCAAAGAGUCAGACACGACUGAGUGACUGAACUGAACUGAUAUGUAUCUAUAUUGGUCAGGAACUUUAUUUGCUUUUUAAAUAAUUUCACUUUCAAUUUCACUUCCUUGCAUCAGACAUACCAUCCCUUUUCUUCAGUUGCUUUUUAGGUAAAUAAAAUGCAAAGGGGAAAAAAAAUCUCAUUCUGUUGUGUUAAAAAUGGUGAAGGCAAAUAAUAAACUAAAUCCACAACAUCAAGAAA